ACUCACACGCAACAUUUAAACAUGUUCAAGUUCAGUUGUAUCUACGACGUCGACGCGUGAUGUACGAAUAAAGUGUGGAUGACAAAAUGGGAGAAUUCAAAGGCAAAGUGGUGUUAAUAACUGGGGCUAGCUCAGGGAUUGGAGCUGAGACCGCCCUUGAAUUUGCUUCGUCAGGAGCCAGUCUGGCAUUAGUCGGUCGAGAUGAAGAAAGGCUAGAGAAAUAUGCACAGGACUGCUUGGCUAAGGGCCUUACAAAGGAAAAGGUUCUCACUAUCAAGGCUGAUAUGUGUGUCGAAGAUGACGUGAAGAGGGUUAUGGAAUCAACUGUCACACACUUUGGAAAAUUAGAUGUCUUGGUAAAUAAUGCCGGAGCUUGCAUGCUAUCACCCCUAUCCAGUGAGAAUCUGAUGGAGACUUAUGAUCACAUGAUCAAACUCAACGUCAGGUCCGUUCUACAGAUUACCAACCUAGCAGCACCUCACUUGAUCAAAUCUAAAGGGUGUGUAGUGAAUGUUUCCAGUAUCUGUGGAAAGCGAGUGGUGCCCGGUAUGUUGGCUUACAACAUUUCAAAAGCUGCUAUUGACCAGUUUACAAGAUGUACUGCUUUAGAUUUGGCUUCCAAAGGUGUACGAGUAAAUGCAGUCAACCCUGGCACUAUCAUGACUCCCCUCCAGACAGUUUUUGGAAUGUCAGCUGAGGACAACCAUGAGCGAGCUCGUAAAGUUCACCCAAUGGGUCGAGCGGGAGAAGUGAACGAAGUGGCACCCGCAAUCAAGUUCCUCGCUUCCAACGCAGCAUCCUUCAUCACUGGAGAAACCCUGUCCAUAGAUGGCGGCAGACACGUUUCAUGCGCUCGAUAAUAAAAGCAACAUUCGAAUAUUUUUUUAGCUCUUUAGGUGGUCGAAUCAUAUUUCUGUGUGAUUAUGAUACGAGUAGAAUGAAUUUGAAAGGUAUACCAUUAUUUUACAUAGAUAUGCUGAAGGCAUGGCACGAAUUGGAUAAGUGUAGACAUUUUGGAGGGAAAAGUAAUCCCAUUAUUUUUAAUAACAAGCGUCUAUGCCUUAAUAACAAGACCUUUUUUUAUAUUGAAUUAUUUCAGAAAGGUAUAGUUAAGGUCUCGGUUUAAUAGUUGGAGGUAAAUUAAGACCAGUUUCAUACUGGUAUAAUCUGAAAUUUUCAUCUGAAAACUUGCUCAAAAUUCAAAAGAUAUUUUCAGUAAUAACAGAAGAGUGGAUACAAAAUGAUUUUAUGGAAAUGGAUACAGACAACUUUGAAAUUCAAUUGAUGAUAUGUGGGCAUGUUCAGAAACUAUGUGAUAUAAAAUCUAGACGAAUAUAUGACCACUUCAUUGAAAGUUUUCAAAUUGUUUAUGUAUUUCAUGUUACAGAUGGGCAAUCCGAAUAUGAUUUGGGAAUGGGGGAACUGAAAGAAGUAUUUUUUAGACUGAAAUGUGCAAUGCUAUGCAAUAAACACAGAGAAUUUCAAUACAAACAAUUACAAGGGGCUGUGUACACAAAAAGGGAACUUUUUUAAUUCGGUUUUGAGACAGAUAAUUUCUGUUCCUUUUGUAAAAAAGAAGUUGAGUCUUACCAACAUUUAUUUUUUUAUUGUCGUGAAGUUAAGCGAUUGUGGGAAGAGAUGAGUAAAAUAUUUCAACUGAAUGAACUUGGCAGUGACGUUUGGAAAACAAUUUUCAUGGGGAUAUCUGGAAAUACUACAAGAGUAGCUUUAAUAAACUGUAUUAUAUUCUUAAUUAAGUAUAUCAUUUUUAGUUCAAGAAAACAGGGAAUAUUGCCAACCGUACAGAAAGUGACACAUUUGGUUAAAGAGUAUAGAGAUACGGAAUAUCAAAUAGCGUUUAAAAAGGGGAAGCUGGGGGUGCACUUAAGGAAAUGGGAACAAAUCAAUGCAUACCUUUCUUAAUACUAUGGAUGUAUUGGUUGCUUCAUUUUGUUUCUGUUGUGUUUAUUUGUUCAAAUACAGAUAGUUGUACCAGAGCAGGAUGCAUUGUGUGUGGGUGUACGUGUGUAGAUGGAUGUGUGAGUUUUGUGACGGGGAAGAGGGGGGGGGGGGGGAGCUGUGAGUGGUGGUGAGUUGAAGUGAGCUUGUGUGAGUGUCUGGGGAGAGAGAUGAGGGGGGAAGGGGUAUGGGGGUAAGGUGAAUGUGUAGGGACGUUUUAGGAUAACCUUCCUCUAAUUAACCUUUAAAAUAAUCUUUUAUCCUUUUUUUAUUUCUUGUGCAAAAGAGAUUAUUUCUAUUCUAUUCAGGGAAAAAGUACGUUUUUUUUAUUUUGUCGAUUGAUACGGGUUUUUCCCCUCUGCUUUCACAUUGUUAUAGAAGAGAAAUUUGGCAGUUUAAUUUCAUUUGUAAUCAUUUUUAAAAUAUUCGUAAUCUCAUUGAUAUUGAUAUAUUUAUUUGUUUGAUUGUUUAUUGAUUGUAUACAUACAAAGAAUCUUUAUUUAUAUGAAUUGUGAUUGUAAACUUAUUGAUUUGAAAGAGGAAGAAAAUAAAAUAUUAUUC